UAUUUUGGACAUUACUUAUGGUUUGAAUGAAAAUUAUUUUUGUGUUUAUGUUUUGAAUUGAGUGUCGAUUUGAUUAUGAAUUAAAUUAUAGUUUUAAUCAAAUUAUAAAUGAUUUGUAAAUUAAUUUAUUAUAAUUUUAUGGUUUAAACUGAAAAUGACAUCAGUUUUGUCGGACAAACUGUCGUCCGGUCCCAAAGGGUUGGGAGAUCCAGAGGACAGGACUUUGCGGAGAGUGGAGAAAGAGAUACUCAUCCCUAAGAUUAUGAGAGAUAAGGCGCGGACAGAGAAGUGCACCGAUUUUGUAAAGGCUUUCAACGAUUGUUGUAAAGAGAAUUCCAUUCUUCUGGUGCUUAAGUGUCGCACAGAAAACAGCCGAAUGAAGGCCUGUCUCACCGAUUGGUAUAAUAACCAACACUUCCGACACCAGUGCGAAGACAUCUAUUUGAACCAGAGGUCAGAGUACAGGCGCACCGGUAUUAAGGCUCAG